AUGUGGCAGGAAAACAUUACCAAUAUUAGUGAGUUCAUCCUGGUAGGCUUCCCUACGGCCCCUUGGCUGCAGAUUCUGCUCUUCCUCCUCUUCCUCAUUACCUACCUAUUUGUGCUGUUGGAGAAUUUGGUCAUCAUCCUUACUGUAUGGAUCACUGGGGCCCUGCACAAACCUAUGUACUACUUUCUGAGCACCAUGUCCUUUCUGGAGGCCUGGUAUAUAACUGUCACUGUCCCCAAGAUGCUGGCUGGAUUUCUACUUCACCCUAAUACCAUCUCCUUCCUUGGCUGCAUGAUCCAGCUCUAUUUCUUUAUAUCACUUGCCUGUACUGAGUGUGUGCUUUUGGCUGCCAUGGCCUAUGACCGCUAUGUGGCCAUAUGUUGGCCUCUUCGCUAUCCAGUCAUGAUGACCACAGUGUUUUGUGUUCAGCUGACAAUCGGUUCCUGGGUGAGUGGCUUCACCAUCUCCAUGGCAAAGGUAUAUUUCAUAGCCCAAGUUGUUUUCUGUGAUAACAAUAUCUUGAACCAUUUUUUCUGUGAUGUGUCUCCCAUUCUCAAACUGGCCUGCAUGGACUUCACUAUGGCUGAGAUGGUAGACUUUGUACUAGCCAUCGUUAUCCUUGUGUUUCCUCUGUCAGCCACUGUCCUCUCCUAUGCUUUCAUUGUCUCUACCAUCCUGCACAUACCCUCAGCCACUGGACAACGGAAGGCCUUCUCUACUUGUGCUUCUCACCUCACUGUGGUGGUCAUCUUCUACACAGCUGUGAUCUUCAUGUAUGUCCGACCCCGAGCCAUCGCCUCAUUCAACUCCAACAAACUGAUCUCAGCCAUAUAUGCAGUCUUUACCCCCAUGCUCAACCCUAUCAUCUACUGUCUUAGGAAUAAGGAGGUCAAGGAUGCCAUCCGAAAGACCAUGUCAAGUGGCCGAGCUAUUUUCGUGAGAGAUUCUCUUCACUGA